AUGGCACCUUAUCUCUGUGCCUCAUGUAUUGCAUGUUGGCAAUCUGACUUGUGGAAUCGUUACUUGGGCAGAAAAUGGACUAUUUUUUGGACAUGUGCCAUCUCGGCAGCAACAUGUAUCUGGCAAGGUUUUGUCUCAGUUGACUGGUGGCACUUGUUCUUGGCACGAUUCUUUUUAGGAUUUGGUAUUGGUAUCAAGUCAGCAACCGUACCUGUUUACUGUGCAGAAUGUUCACCAAAACAUAUUAGAGGUGCCUUGACCAUGACUUGGCAAUUUUUUACCGCAGUUGGUAUUAUGCUUGGUUACGUUGCAUGUUUAGCCUUUUAUUAUGUCCCCGACAAGAGUUUUGGCUCUGGAUUGAACUGGAGACUUAUGCUUGGACUGGCUUGUCUUCCAGCAAUCUUUAUCCUUUUCCAAAUUCCAUUUGUUCCUGAAUCACCACGUUGGUUGAUGGGUAAAGGUCGUCAUAGAGAAGCAUUUGAGAGUUUAGAGCAGAUGAGAUACGAGAGAAUAGCAGCAGCUAGAGAUUGUUUCUACCAAUACGUCUUACUUCAAGAAGAAGAAGGUUACGAUGUGCCAACUUGGAAGAGAGUUAUUGAGAUGUUUACCAUUAGAAGAAAUAGGAAUGCAGUGAUUGGAUCAUGGAUUGUGAUGUUUAUGCAACAAUUCUGUGGUAUUAAUGUUAUUGCAUACUAUUCCUCGUCGAUUUUCCUUAAUGCUGGUUUCAGUGAAAUCUCAGCACUCUUGUCUUCAUGGGGUUUCGGUAUGAUUAAUUUUACAUUUGCCAUUCCAGCUUUUUUCACAAUUGAUAGGUUUGGACGUCGUAACUUGUUGUUAUUUGCCUUCCCAUGUAUGUGUGCCAUGUUGUUGGUUGCUGGUUUUGGAUUUUUGAUUCACGAUACCAAUGGUAAAUUGGGAAUGGUUACCACAGGUGUCUACCUUUUCUCGUGCUUCUACAGUUCCUCAGAAGGACCAGUGCCAUUUGCCUACUCUGCCGAAGCAUUCCCAUUGUAUAUCCGUGACUUGGGUAUGGCAUGGGCUACUGCAACGUGUUGGUUCUUCAAUUUCAUUUUGGCAUUCACUUGGCCAAGAAUGAUGAAGGCAAUGACCUCAACUGGUGCCUUUGGUUUCUAUGCAGCAUGGAAUGCUAUUGGAUUCUUUUUGGUGUUGUGGUUCUUGCCAGAAACCAAGAAUUUGACCUUGGAGGAGUUGGACGAUGUGUUUGCUGUGCCCAUGUACAAGCAUGCAAUCUACCGUACCAGAACAUUCUUGAAUGGUGUUUCAAGACACGUAUUCCACAAGGAUGUGAAGGAUCCACCACCUAUUUAUUCACACCAGAGAAUGGCUGUUACCAACCCAGAAUGGCACGAAAAGGUUGAAGUUGAACACGAGGAGUAA